AUGCCGAAAAGAGGAGGUAGAAAGAGCCACCCUAGAAAAGAUAAAGGUGGGGGAGGUGGUGGUUCCAAUUUUGGACGGUUUAAAACCAAUAAGAAUAAGAAAAAGACAGGCAAAAGCUCAUCGAAAAAUCAUGGAACUCCUAGAUCGACAAAUAUUGAUAUCCCAGAAUUAAUGGAUCUCGAUGAUAAUGUAUAUAUUCCGGAGAUAGAUACAAAGGUAUCUCGGAGUAGUAUGAAAAAUUUAUCUAGAAGACCAGGACGUCGUCAUUUAUACGAAGAGGUUGGAUAUACGGAUAAGCACAUAGAGGAUACAUUAAGACAGCCAUUGCGUAAUAGACCUAUAGAAUUCGUUAAGGCUAGACAGGUAUAUGAUCCAAGUGCAGAUCUAUUCAAGAAGCUAGGUAAAAGUGGCAUUCCGAAGGUGCAUCAGGACUUACUCGAUAGCAUGAAUUCGCCACCACCGCAGGAGGCCCAUGUGCCCGAAUCACCGAUUUUGGAUAUUUUGUCGGAGGAAAGCGAAAACGAUGCUAUAAAUGACGUUGUGGCUCAUUUGGCAUCGUCGAAUACGUCGCUUGACUCAGAUUUAGUGAGUAGAGGUGAAAUAUCUAAGAUUAAUGAUGAGAGGGAGUCGGAUGAUGGGGAAGAGCAAAUAGAAGAAGAAGAAGAAGAAGAAGUAGAGGACGAAAACGAAAGCGAAGACAACGAGGAGCACAGAAUAGAAAGCCAUACUGAAUCUGAACAAGAUGAAGAAGAGGAAGAAAAGGAAGAGGAGGAAGAAGAGGAAGAGGCGUUUAUAAUAGAUGAUACUGGUGAUGCGGAGAUUCUAAAGGACCAUAAUCCUAUAAAGCCACAAACCUCAUUAUUAAUUCAAAGUAAAUUACCAAAAUCAUCAAACCAAAAUGAUUUCGAUAAUAUAGCAGGGGGUGUUGAUUAUGAUCCAGUUUUAAAUAUUGGAAAGGUUUCUUUACAAACGAAGAGAGAUGCAAAUGGCCAAUCCACUACGGAACUUAUGUCGGUCAACCAAUUGAAUAAGAUAUCUACAAAAGGCUUUAUUGAUGAAAACAAAAUGUUCCCUAACAUGGAAAAGAAUGUUUCUGACGUUUCUGAUGAUGAUUUUGGCGGAUAUAAAGAUUACAUUGCCCAAGUUAUGCGAGAUGGAAAGCUCGAUGAAGUCUCCGAUGAGUACGAGAGCGAAACUAAUUUCGAUAUCAUGGCUUCGUCUUCUGAUGAUGAUGAUGAUGAUGAUGAUGAAGACAAUGACGAAGGUGAAAAAGAUCCAUCGGAAAUUGAAUAUGGAUUUCUUCCCGAAGACUAUGAAUUCGAUGUUUCUCAAGUUUCAAUCUCAAACGUCAGGUUUGGUAUAAAGAAUCAGCUUUAUACAAGGUGUGCUGAGAUAACGGGAUCAGAUGACCAAUUUAUGUGGAUUGACGAGGACGACUUAGUUGACUACGUUUUACUGAAAGGUGUUAGAGAGCAUAGAUUAAACAGCUUUAUGAAGUUUAUUACGAAAGGAAUAAUAGAUGAAGAGGCAAUGGAAGUCCCCAACUAUUCUGAUGUGUAUAUUUCUGAGACUUCCGAAGAGGAAGAGGAGGCAAAUAGCGAAGACGAAAAUUUAGCAUCUAUGAUUGCUUUCACUAAAUCACAACAAAAGAGCUUCAUGGACUUAGAUAUUCCUUCGACCGAGAGAGUGAAAACUAAAGGCAAGGGUAAAAAGAAACAAUUAGAUCUCGAUAGAAUGCAACUAGAUAUAGAUAUGCAUGAAUCAUUGCAAGAUCAAUAUCAGGUUCAUCGCCAGGCUAAAAGAUCAAAGAAACAACGCCGCGAAGAUGCAAGAUAUGAAGAAGGAACUGCUAAGCAUGAUUUAUUAGUUAAAUAUCCUUACUCACUACAUAUUAAAGAUAUUUGCUACGAGUUUGAAACUUUCUUACACGAUACAUCUAGGGAUUCCAUGAGUUUUCCUCCAUUAGACCCCCAUGGAAAUAAAACAGUUGUUAAAAUAUCAAAUUUUUACAAUAUGAAAUCAUUAAAGUGUGGUACUGGUUUGAAACUGUUUGUUAAAGUUUCCAAAAAUAGAAAAACAUUUCACUACUUACCAAGAUAUGACCAAAUUGGUAAUGUUCUGAGACAAAGGCCAAUUUUCAAUAGAACAGAUCAAAGGAGACCUAAAGAUGAAAUCACUAGAUCAGAUGGCAAUUCUAAGAAAGAUAGAUCCAGGGGACGGAAUAAAUCACAAUCGAAUGUUCAAAGCAGAGAAGGAGAUAUCGUUGGUGCUUCUGCUCCAGAGAUUGACACCAAUAAUAUCGGGAGGAAAUUAUUGGAGAAAUUAGGUUGGAGUAAAGGAGAAGGCUUGGGUGCACAUGGAAAUAAGGGUAUUAGCGAACCCGUUGUGGCGAAAAUCAAAAAAUCAAAAACUGGUUUAAAAUAG